UUCAAGCCAACAGGUGAAACUUGAAUCCUGAUAGCUGGCCAAAUAUAAACCAGUGUGAUGCUGAAAUGAGAUGAGGCUCCGAAAUGGAACUGUGGCCACCGCAUUAAUUUUCAUCACCUCUUUCCUCAGUUUGUCUUGGUACACAGCAUGGCAGCAUGGGAAAGAAAAGCUAAUUGCUUAUCAAAGGGAAUUUCACGCCUUGAAGGAACGUCUUCGCAUAGCUGAGCAUAGGACCCUCCAGCGCUCCUCUGAAUUAAAUGCCAUCUUAGAGCAGUUCAGACGUGCAGUGGCAGAAACAAAUGGAAGUAAAGAUGCACUGAAUAGCAUUUCAGAUGAAACAUUAAAAUUGUUGAAGGAGCUAACAAGCAGAAAAUCUCUUCAAGUGCCAAAUAUAUAUUACCACUUGCCUCAUUUGCUGAAAAAUGAAGGAAGUCUUCGGCCUUCUGUGCAGAUCGGCCUUGGAAGAACAGGAGUUUCUAUAGUGAUGGGAAUUCCUACUGUAAAGAGAAAAGUAAAAUCUUACCUUACUGAAACUCUUCACUCUCUGAUUGAUAAGUUGUCGCCGGAAGAGAAACUAGACUGUGUUAUGGUUGUCUUCAUAGGAGAGACCGAUCUUGAUUACGUAAAUGGCGUUGUUGCAAGCCUAGAAAAAGAAUUUUCUGCUGAAAUAAGUUCUGGGUUAGUGGAGGUAAUAGCCCCACCUGCAUCAUACUAUCCUGACCUGACAAACUUAAAAGAGACAUUUGGAGACUCAAAAGAGAGAGUCAGAUGGCGGACAAAGCAAAAUCUGGAUUAUUGUUUUCUUAUGAUGUAUGCACAGAAAAAAGGUGUUUACUACAUUCAGCUUGAGGAUGACAUCGUUGUCAAGCAGAAUUACUUCAGCACAAUUAAAAAUUUUGCGCUUCAGUUGUCCUCUGAAGACUGGAUGAUUCUUGAGUUUUCUCAGCUGGGAUUUAUCGGAAAAAUGUUCCAGUCUCCAGAUAUUACUCUCAUUGUUGAGUUCAUAUUUAUGUUUUAUAAGGAAAAACCCAUUGACUGGCUCUUGGAUCACAUUCUUUGGGUGAAAGUUUGCAACCCUGAGAAAGAUGCAAAACAUUGUGAUCGGCAGAAAUCAAACCUAAGAAUACGCUUCAGGCCUUCUCUUUUCCAGCAUGUUGGCCUGCAUUCCUCUCUAGCAGGGAAGAUUCAGAAGCUCACAGACAAAGACUUCUUGAAACCAUUACUGCAUAAAAUUCACAUGAAUCCACCUGCAGAGGUUUCAACGACUUUAAAGGUCUAUCAGGGACAUGUGCUUGAAAAGGCCUACAUGGGUGAGGACUUCUUCUGGGCAGUUACACCAAUUGCUGGGGAUUACAUCCUGUUUAAAUUUGACAAGCCUGUCAAUAUAGAAAGAUACCUGUUCCACAGUGGUAACCCGGAGCAUCCGGGGGAUAUAUUCAUUAAUACAACAGUAGAAGUUUUGCCAUUCAAGAGUGAAGACUUGGUAUUAAGCAAAGAAACCAAAGAGAAACGAUUAGAAGAUGGAUAUUUCAGAAUAGGCAAAUUUGAAAAUGGUAUAGCAGAAGGAACCGCUGAUCCCAGUCUAAAUCCUAUUGCAGCUGUCCGACUUCUGGUAAUACAGAAUUCUUCAGUCUGGGCAAUUCUAAAUGAGGUUCAUAUUAAAAAGCUCCCUAACUGAUCAGUCAAGAGGAAGGAAGGGGAAAAAAAGAUUGGUCUUUUUGUAAACUUUUUAAUGAAAUCUUCAGAUCAUGGAGUGAAGAUGAAGACACUGAUCAUGCACCUUAUUUCCAACUCUUCUUUCUCACUGAAA